CUGCGCGCGCGCAACUCAGUAGGAGGCAGCUUGCGCUCGCUUCGUGUCGUUGCUAAUCAGGCGUUUCGCCUAGUUGCCGGCUAACGUGCUACGACCGCGAACUAUUACUGCACCGACAAAAAUGACGAUUUUCACACCGAACUAACGUUGCGUGUAUAAAUUAUAAACACGGACAUUUAUAAACUUUUUGUUGUUAUUAUAAAAUAUUUUAACUCUUAAGCCAAAAUGGUUAGCGGCAAUAAAGAUCCAAGUGAUCUUAAAAAAGUGCCCCCAAAGAACCGUGAGAAGAAGACCAAUAACUACAUGAGAGCUAAUUGGUUUUCCAAGACAUGGUUCGUCUGGAUGAUGCCCACUUUCUGGCGGGGCUACAAGCGGGACCUCUACGACUCGGACCUUACGAAACCCAAAGAGAGCCACCUCUCCGACAAACUUGGUGAUCGGCUGGAAAAAAAAUGGCUGGAAGAAAUUGCACUGGCGAGCAAGCAGGGCCGUAAACCAUCUUUACUUCGCGCAAUGACCAAGGCUUUCUGGAUGAGUUACGCUCCCUCUGGCAUCAUGUUCCUGAUACAAGCACUCGUACUCAAGCCCUUCCAACCGGUAGCGUUGAGCUUGAUGCUUACAUACUGGGAGCCGGGCUCGACCAUGUCCUAUGAGCAAGCAGUGUACUGCGCCACAGCUGUGAUCAUGAUGUCUCUGGUCAUCGCCUUCCUCAACCAUCACGGCACAUACUCCACUCAACAGUUCGGCAUGAAAGUUCGCAUCGCCGCCUGCUCACUUAUUUAUAGAAAGGUAAUGCGGAUGAGUUCCGGUGCGCUAGCGCAGACUACAGCAGGACAGGUCGUCAAUCUCCUCUCAAACGACGUGAACCGCUUCGACUAUGCCUUCAUCUACACACACUUCAUCUGGAUCCUGCCACUCCAAGUGGUCGUGGUGUGCUACCUCAUAUACUUGAAGAUCGGCUACGCAGCCAUCGUAGGAGUCAUCGGCAUUGUGUUGCAGACCAUACCGGUACAGUCUUAUAUGAGUAAAUUGGCGGCAAGGUUGCGAAUGAAGACCGCGUGCAAAACUGAUGAGCGCGUGCGAAUUAUGGACGAAAUUAUUAGUGGCAUGCAGGUGAUAAAGAUGUACGCCUGGGAGAAACCUUUUGAGCAGGUAGUGGCUUUGGCUCGCAAGAACGAAAUCAAGUGCAUUACGUCAGCGUCCUACCUCCGAGGAGUGUACCUCAGCUUCAUGGUGUUCACGGAGAGACUCACCCUGUACAUCACACUGCUCUCCUACUCGCUGUUCGGUUUCCAAGUUACCGCAGAUAUUGCGUUCCCGUUGGCACAAAUGUUCAACAUACUCCAGCUGACACUGGCAGUGCAAAUGCCGACAUGCCUGUCUAUGGUCAUGGAGGGUUAUACCUCUAUACUUCGUAUCGAGGCAUUGUUAAGCUUGGAUGAGCGGGAGGACCUUCGCAGUGUCCCGGACGUAGACAUCGCUAAAUUAGUACAAAUGGUAGAUAACAAGAAGAAAAACCAUAAUCUUAGCGAAGUAGAUCUACGACCUAACACUUUCAAGAAAAUCGACGAAGAAGGCAUCUAUAAUCCAGGUUUCGAGUGCAGUGAAAAAGGUUUGAUGAACUCGACUCUGUGUCCAAUGCCGGUGAGCCCAGACGUUGGAAUAAUGAUCCAGAACGUGAGUGCCAGCUGGACUGACGACGGCCCCGCCACUCUGAACCAGCUCAACAUUACGGUACCCAAAGGAAAGCUCUGUGCCAUCAUUGGCUCUGUAGGAUCUGGUAAGAGUUCAGUUCUUCAAUUGCUGCUGAACGAACUUCGAUCAACUAAUGGAAAGAUCUACCUCUGUGGGCCCCUAUCCUACGCAAGCCAGGAGCCCUGGCUAUUCGUAGCCACCGUCCGACAGAACAUUCUGUUUGGUCUCCCGUACAACUCCAAGAAGUAUAAAGAAGUGGUAAGGGUCUGCGCUCUCCAGAAAGAUUUCCAACAGUUUCCUCAUGGUGACCAGACGCUCGUGGGAGAAAGAGGAGCCUCCUUAUCUGGUGGUCAAAGAGCACGCAUCAACCUGGCCAGAGCAGUUUAUAGACAAGCGGAUGUGUACCUGCUGGAUGACCCGCUGUCGGCAGUGGACGCGCACGUGGGCCGGCAGCUGUUCGACGAGUGCAUCAGCGGGUACCUGCGGCACUCCACGCGCGUGCUCGUCACGCACCAGCUGCACUACCUCAAGGCCGCCGAUUACAUCGUCAUCAUGAACAACGGCUCUGUGGAAGCUAAAGGAACAUACGAUGAAUUGGUAAACACAGGCAAAGACUUCGCCAAAUUGCUUUCAUCUAGUCACGAUGAAAAUGAAGAUCUUAAGGAUGUAGAAAAACCACCGCCGAUGUCUAGACGAACGUCUGCGAGAUUAUCAACCACACGACGACCAUCGCUGUGUGAAUCGACAGGAGGAUGUGAAGUGGCGCAGGAGAUGGAGGAGGAGGAACGAGAGUCAGGGUCGAUGGGCUGGCGGGUGUAUGGCGCAUACCUGCGGGCUGGAGGACGCGCCCCACCACUCAUCUUUAUGAUAGUACUGCUCGUCGUGGGACAGCUGUCCGCCACGCUCUGCGACUACUGGGUCACAUUCUGGACAAACGAAGUCACCACGCUAAAGGAAGCUGCUAAUAACAGAACCACGAAGGACUACCAUGUAGACCGGUCGCCUCCACUUGAUAAUGGCACCUUCAAUUUAUCCAGUUACUUCUCCGGUGUUAAUAUCAGUCCAGACUUAGACAUCAACGCAUAUAUAGGACCUCUGGAUACUGCUCAGUAUUUGUACGUGUACUCCGCACUAAUUGUUUGCUGCAUAUUCUUCAUCACGGCGCGUGCAUUCAUGUUCUUCAAGGUGUGCAUGACAGCGUCGCGCAACCUCCACAACGAUAUGUUCCAUUCUAUGCUCAGAGGGGUCAUGAGGUUCUUCGAUACCAACUCCUCUGGCCGAAUCCUAAAUAGGUUCUCCAAAGACAUCGGAGCACUCGACGAAUUACUACCACGUUUCCUUCUUGAAUGUAUCCAGAUUUACCUGGUAAUGUUCAGUAUUCUGGCCCUCAAUGCAGCUGCGCUUAUCUGGACACUACUGCCUACCACUAUCAUUCUUCUGUUAUUCUACACUAUCCUUCAAAUCUAUUUGAAGUCAGCACAGGGUAUCAAGAGAUUGGAAGGCACAACUCGCAGUCCCGUAUUCUCCCACAUGUCUGCUACCCUCAAUGGCAUUAGCACAAUUCGAUCAGCAGGAGCGGAACAAAGAUUGAUUAAAGAAUUCGAUAGAUUCCAGGACAUCCACACUUCAACAUGGAGCAGCUACCUGGCAAGUGGCGUCACGCUUGGCUUCUGGCUGGACUUUAUCUGCGUCAUAUACCUCACCAUAGUCAUCGUCGCCUUCCUCGUCAUCGACAGCAAAACAAUAUUCUCUGGCAACGUGGGUCUAGCGAUAUCGCAGACGUUGAUCCUAACCGGAAUGCUUCAAUUCGGAGUGAGGCAGACCGCAGAGGUCAUCUCACAGAUGACCAGUGUAGAGCGAAUAUUGCAGUACACGCACAUCGAACGAGAACCCAAGUGGGACAAAGGAGAAAAAGAAACGCCAAAGGGAUGGCCUUCGCGUGGCCGAAUUCAAUUCAAAGGCUGUUACAUGAAAUAUACCCCCGAAGACUUGCCAGUGCUUAAGAAUCUCAAUUUAGUCAUAGAAAGUGGAUGGAAGGUGGGCAUCGUAGGUAGGACUGGUGCCGGCAAAUCAUCACUGAUCUCUUCUCUGUUCCGCCUCGCCAUCGUCGAAGGAGAAGUCCUCAUUGAUGACGUUGACACCGCAUACUUGGCUCUACAGGAGCUGCGGUCGAAGAUAUCCAUCAUACCUCAGGAACCGGUGCUGUUCUCGGCAACAGUCCGGUACAACUUGGAUCCGUUCAACAACUACGAUGACGACCAACUUUGGCAGGCGUUAGAAGCUGUGGAUUUGAAAGCUGCAGUACCGUCACUGGAUUUCAAGGUGUCGGAGGGAGGGUCGAAUUUCUCACUGGGACAACGGCAGCUAGUAUGUCUCGCCCGCGCCAUCUUGCGCGCCAACCGCAUCCUCGUACUCGACGAGGCAACAGCCAACGUCGACCCCAAGACGGAUGAAUUUAUCCAAAGAACAAUCAGGACGCGAUUCGCGGACUGCACCGUGCUGACGGUGGCUCAUCGACUGAACACCAUCAUGGACUCGGACCGAGUCAUGGUGAUGGACUCCGGGCGACUAGUCGAGUUCGACCAUCCUUACCUCCUGCUUAACAACCCUGAGGGACACUUCACCAAAAUGGUCAAAGAAACCAGUGAAAAAAUGUCGGCACAACUAUACCAGAUAGCAAAGGACACAUACAUUAGUAAUGGUGGAGUUAUAUAACAGUGCCCUUCUCAAUAAGUUGUCUAAGUUAUUUGAUUAAGUAACUAGUUUUAAUUGCCAUCUUGUUGGAAUAGUGUUUUAGAAAAUAAUUUUAAAACAGUAACUAUAGUAUUGCCGUGAUGGACAAUAAGUGAAAGAUCACACCUCUAUUUUACCGCCUCCGUUGAAAUGUGUCGUGAAAUCUCGUCGGAAUAGUAGUAUUAUUUAAACAUUUUUCGUAAUGAUACACAAUGUUCAAUAAAGUUCAUAGAAUCAAAUUAAUUAGUAAGUUGACAUAGGGCAAGUGACCCGGUUGUGGCCAUCGACCCCUUUGUGGCCACUUGAGCCUUCAAAUAUUUAUAACUAAGGCAUAGACAAAUAAAUUACUCUGUGAUUUACAGUAUUUAAAAUAUUGAAUAUUGGAGACACUGAUACCGUUGGCAGCUUUGAUGUGUCAAACUUCACUUCGAUGCAACAAGUCAUUAUUUUUAGUUGAGGGUGAAAUUGUUAAGAUCUUAACAAAAAGGCUAAGGCGAGCGGGUGAGGAUUUGGUUUUUAUUUUUUUAAUCUUUGCUUAUUGUUUGGAUGUUUAUGUUAAUACUACAUGAAGAAUAUAUUAUCUAAGUGGAACUAAAGUUAUUUUGUCGCCAUAUGUUUCUGAAGUGGGAUAAUUAGAAGGUGGCCACUAAUGGAGACAAAAUUAUGAAUUUCUCCAUCUUUGGCCACACGGCUGGCCAAAACUUUUGUACAUAAACGCCCCACUUCUAGUCAUUUAUCGUAAUUUAUUUAUUAUUUUUCCUUGGCUUUACAUAUCAACAAAUACAUAUUUUUCAUUUUCAGAGAUGCAAUAAAUUGCCUUCACACAAAUGGAGGUCGGUUUACUUUGCAGCUUUUACCAACGUCAUAAAUGUUGAUCUCUUUAUUUGUAAGUUAAAUUCAAGUGAAGUAAUAAUAUUUCAUAUUUUCCAGACUAAAUGAAAACCAUUGUUUCUAAAAUGUCAAAUUUAAUUAAUAAAUUUUUAUUACUUUUAUUGUAUUUUUUGAUGGCCAGAACUGGCACACGACCGUGGCCAGAAAUGGCACGAAUCUGGCCAAAAAUGGCACAAACUCCCUUUUUAUUUUCUUUGUUAUACAGUUAUUUUUCUAUUGGACGUUCUUUAAAAAAAGGGUUUUCUUAGGCAAGAUUAAUACAUGUUUAAUGACUUUUUACAAGAAAUAUGUUUGUGAUAACAAAAACUAUAAGUUAAGAAAGCCUCAAAGUCGACAAAAUUCUUAAAGUGGCCACAACCGGGUCACUUACGAUACCUAUAGAUUUAAUAUAUCCUUACCAGAUGGUAUAAACAUGUCUAAUUAGAAACGAUUGAGAUUCUUUUCAGUUAGCAUUUAAAAAAUGUAGUGUAAUUAGUUUGGAACCUCGUAAAAUUCACAGCUCACUUCAAUCCAGUGAUGUACCUACCUUUAUGUAUGUAGAAGGAUAAUAAUUACACAUUUUUAAAUUAGAACGAUACCUACAUUCCUAUUGUCAACUUAUGGUAGGUAAAUACAUGUACUAAAUAGAAUUCUAAAAAUAUGUUGUCCAAGAGUUUGAGUUUAGUAUUAAGUACAGUGCUGGAAAAAACUGUGUUAUUUAUUUUACUAUGAAACUGUAUAAUAACAAUGACUUUCUUAUAAACAUGAAAAAUGCCAUAGAGGUUACCCUCGAAAAAUAAAAUGUAAGGUUCAUAAAA